UUCCUAACAUUAUCGAGAUACGCCGCCAUCAAGCAAAACGGCACAUUUAAACAAGCAAGGACGAAAAUAUAUUCUAUAUAUAGCAAUUCCACGAUGUUGAUUAAUCUGAAACAAUAUAAUUACAAUCACCGGACCGAAGGAAAGGAGCCUUUUCAGAAAUUGAUAGGACUAGGGAAAUAUGCUUACAUCGGAGCUUGCUUGACAGCUGCGUACGAGUGUAGCGUAGUAAGACAACCGCAUAACUUUAGAAUGGCCUUUGUUCAGGGUGGAAAACACUUUUUAGUUUGGUUGGGCGCAUCUGCAACAUUUACAACCGCAGUACUGUGCUUAACAAAUAUCAGAAAAAAGGAUGAUCCGUGGAAUUAUUUUUUUGGCACAUUAGCUAGCGGCGGUUUUGUUUACUCCUUUCUUCAGAGGGGUCAGCUCGUAUCCUUUGUAACUUUGUACGCGGCCAUAGGAGCGGCAGUAUGGAAAUAUAAGCUCAUGCAUGGUUACAAACCGUUGGAUCACAGCUUUAAAUUUCGAAUUUCUGCGCAUUACUUUAAUUUUGAUAAAACACCAGAUGUAAGAUACGAGAAACCGUAUUAAUUUAUUUCUUAUAUGUACAAUGAAAAAUUAUUGGAUUACAAUAAUAUCGUUUGACCGGUCUAUAAGGUCAACUCGAAGUAAUGUUUAUGGGAUACAUUCGAAGUAGUAAAAUGCUGUAAUUUCUCCACGCAUAAAUGUACACCGCGUGAGAUCCAUAAUAAAGAUGUCGACGAUGGCUUGUUACUGCA